AUGGGAGGCGAGCGUGAGAGUUGGCGGGAGGCGCUGGGGCGGUCUAGGUUGGGUGACGAAGCCGAGGAGGCCUUGCCAGACUCGGGUGCCCAGCCCCGGACCCCUGGGGCGUGGGAGAAGCGCGGGGCCCCUGGGCCCCUAGAGCAGCAGGCGGGACUCGCGGCUUUGGCGGUAGGCGCGCCCCUUCUCGGCGCUUGGGAGCCGGAGGCGGCGGCCACGGACCCCAGGAAGAAGCCAUGUGUACUCGGGGGUUCGCUUCCCCCCACUCCUGACCGCUUUGCGGUGUCUGCAGUCGCAGAGGACAAGGUUCGGGAGCAACAGGCUCGCUUGGAACGCAUCUUCAGCGUGGGAAUGAGCGUCCUCUCCAAAGACUGCCCAGAGAACCCUCAUAUCUGGCUGCAGCUUGAGGGCCCCAAGGAGAAUGUCUGCAGAGCCAAGGAAUACCUGAAGGGGCUCUGCAGCCCCGAACUGCAGAGUGAAGUUCGUUACCCACCCAGACUGCACUGCGUCUUUCAGGGAGCCCAAGGCUUCUUCCUUGACUGUCUGGCCUGGAGCACGUCUGCCCACCUGGAGCCCCUGGCUCCGGGCUCUCUGAUGGUCAGUGGCCUGACCGAGGCCUUUGUGAUGGCUCAGAGCCGGGUGGAGGAGUUAGUGCAGCGACUGAGCUGGGAUCUUCAGCUGCCGCCUUGUUCUGGAGCCUCUGCCGGCGCUGGAGUGCUGAGUGACUUCUCUGCCCUGCUGCACUCUAAGGAGGACGCCUACACAGAGGCCCUGCUGCAGCUGCCCCUGGCUGUCCAGGAGGAGCUCCUCAGUCUGGUGCAGGAGGCAUUCAGAGAGCAGGGUCCGCAGGCGCUGCCCCCUCGUGAGCGUGAGCGGGGGAGCCCAGGCCUGUUGAGUGCUCAGUUCCAGCAAGUUAGGGCUCCCUUGAAUGAAGGUGGGGAGUCCCUGGGCUCUGGAGUGGCGGGGUUGGGAGAGUCAAGGGCAGCACCAGGAGGAAGUCGUACUGUGGAGAAGGGGGGAAGGAAACAGGAUGCUGUCAGGGACACUUAUUCAGGGCAGAAGGAGACACCUGGGGAAGAGGUCGGGGAGAGAGGAGUGGCUUUCAAGUCACGACCAGCAGGUACAGGAGCAGAGGAGGUAGCGCCCUUGAAGGGAAAGGCCUUGGGGAAGGAGGAGGUUCCUCAGCAGAGAGGGGGGUUCGGUGUGCAGGGUGAGCCUUCUGGUGCCCCUGUGCCCACUCAGAGGGCAGCUCAGAUUCGGGGAGCCUCUCUCCUCCAGCGACUCCAUAACGGGAACACCUCACCUCCAAGAGUUCCUAGCCCUCCAUCUGCACCUGAACCCCCUUGGCCCUGUGGAGACCGAGAUCGGGGAGACAAGCAACAGGCUGGGGCUCGAGGUCGAGGGUCUCCAUGGAAACGAGGCACUCGAGGGGGCAACUUGGUGACUGGCACACAGCGUUUCCAGGAAGCCUUGCAGGAUCCUUUCACCCUGUGCCUUGCCAAUGUGCCUGGCCAGCCAGAUCUCCGUCAUAUUGUCAUAGAUGGCAGCAAUGUGGCCAUGGUGCAUGGCCUUCAGCACCACUUCUCAAGCCGGGGCAUUGCUCUUGCCGUGCAGUACUUCUGGGAUCGUGGGCACCGUGACAUAACCGUCUUUGUGCCUCAGUGGCGCUUCAGUAAGGAUUCCAAGGUCAGAGAGAGUCACUUCCUGCAGAAGCUAUACUCCCUGAGUCUGCUUUCCCUGACGCCCUCUCGAGUCAUGGAUGGCAAGAGGAUUUCUUCCUACGAUGACAGGUUCAUGGUGAAGCUGGCUGAAGAGACGGAUGGGAUCAUAGUCUCCAAUGACCAGUUCCGGGAUCUGGCGGAGGAGUCUGACACGUGGAUGGCGAUCGUCAGAGAGCGCCUGCUGCCCUUCACCUUUGUGGGAAACCUCUUUAUGGUCCCAGAUGACCCACUGGGGCGAAAUGGCCCCACCCUGGAUGAGUUCCUGAAGAAGACAGUCAGGAAACAGGGCUCUGCUAAGACUCAGCAGCCCUCCAGAGGCCCCACAGACCACGGUAAUCAGCAGCAGGGGAAGCAGGGGAAGGAAGAGGAGAGAGGCAGUAGUGGCAUUCGGAAGACCCGGGAGACAGAGCGGCUCCGGCGCCAGCUGCUGGAGGUGUUUUGGGGUCAGGACCACAAGGUGGACUUCAUCCUGCAGCGGGAACCAUACUGCCGGGAUAUUAACCAGCUUUCUGAGGCCCUGCUGAGUCUCAACUUUUGAGUCUUACUUGCCUGCAUAGCUGUUGCCUAUCUGACUCAGCGCCCCCAGCUCAGCUGCUUCUGUACAGUCCUCUGCUGUCAGACUGCGUGGACUCCCUCUAAGACGGUGCUUUGGCUGGAGGAAGCACCAGAGAUCUGCGUGUGGGAAUACUCUUGCCUGGGGUACUUGAGGACAGGUUCAUAAAGUGACGCCACCCGAGUCAGGACCACAGUCAGCUCUUAGGAGGCUUUGAUCAGAUUUAACUCCUCAACCUUGCCGUUGCAGAGGGUUUCUGUAGAGACUCUUCCUGAAGACCGCGACCGUUGGCCUCAUCCCCAAGUUAAAAUAAGUUGGAGGCUACGGUAAGGCUAGGGCGAGGAAGAAAGCACCUCAGGCUGCUCUUCUGAGUGGCUGUUCAGGCUGAGCUGUCUGGGUUCUGGAGGGGCUGUAGUGCUGUGUGGGCUGUUGGAUGGACAGCAGAGUCAGACCCACAAGGCAGAGGGGGUUGGGCUUCCAUCUCGGUUGUGCUCUGCCUGUGACCUUGACAGAUGCUUAUGUCUAUACACCUGACAUAGAAAUACCCUUUGAGAGCAGGAAUGAGAACAUGGGAAGCUCCUGUGAGGAAGUGAUCUUGGAUCGUGUCUCAGAGAUGUCCAGUCCGUACCCUCAGUUUUAACACUGGGUUUCCAACAGAACAUGCCCUGUAACGGCUGCAUCCUUUCCAGCAACCUUCAAAACAAAACAGUUGUUAGGCUUGAUUGUUGCAUUAAUCUCAGGGUUCCUAGAAGUGACAGCUGGUCAGUUGCAUUCAAUUGUUUGUUUACAGAUUCACAAAGUGCCAGAAAGGCCCUGGUUAAAUCCUCCCUCUGGUGUUGAACGUAUUCACCAGAUUCAUGAAGCCGUGCUUUGCAUUGACAAUGUUACUGGCAUCUAUCUAAGACUCCCUCUAUGAAGGACGUAGGUUGCAUUCGGCAAGACACACUACUGUUUGUGUGCAUGGUGGAGAAACUAUCAUCUAGGAAGUGGAAGGUGAAGAAUCAGAGUUGAGAGACACCUGAUUGGUCACAGAUGAACUCCACGGACCUAUCAUGACCAACUGUUUACAUCCUAACUCCCACAAGUCAUUGUUUUGUAUCUGCUUGAUUCUUGGCCAGGGGAUUUACUCUCUGCAAGGUGGCACAUUCCAGACCUGGAUGUAUAGUUUUUCCAGGAGUUUUUUCUGUAGUGUAGCCUAACAAGCUUCUGUUACUAUUACUUUUUCCAGGAAUAACUGAGAGCUAGUCAGCUUCUCAGAUAAAGAGGUAAGGCAGGUGUCCCCGGGUUCAAUUCUGAUUGAGACCUGUAUCGAGUUCCUGAAUUAGGUUUUUGGAUGACUUACUCCAAGUGACAGAGAGGUGACUGUGUGUGGAACUCAGUGAUCAGGGAGAGGGUCCCUAGGUCCCAGUGUCUGCCUGUUUCAUUGGCCAUUUUCAUCUCUACACUCAGGCUUGGGCAGCUGUAUUGGAGACAAGUUGAUUAGGAAAUGACAGUGACUCUUCUCAGUGUCCAGGAAGCAAUGAGAAUGGUCUGAACCGGUUGCUGGUAGACAUGCUUUUCAAGUUUGUGAUUGGUUUCUUCCUCUGUUUGCUUGUGAUGGUGGUGUACAGAAAGCCAGAAUUGGCUUCCUUUUAUGCUGCGGGCCCUAGAAGGCCAAAGUGUUCCCAAGCAGAUGAGAGACAGGUCCUCGGUUUAUAGAGGGGCAUUGGCUUUGUGUUACUGCAGUAUGAGGUGGGACCUGUAUGUGUUUGCUGUAAGUUCACCGCCAUUGGGUGAGACCCUGAGGCUAACCAGGGCCCUUUUUCCAUUUUUGCUGGUAUCCUCUGAACAGGUGGUUACGGUGGCACCAGAACUCACUGGACAUGACCCUCAAAUGUAUUUAUUGCCUUUAACCUCUGUCACAAGCUCAUGUGGGGAGAGAGACUGAAUAUUACAACGUUUAGAACCUCAUUUAGGAAGGAGAGCCAGCUAGGUAAUAGCCCCUAAGAUAAACUCCAGAAGAAUCUAAGCCAAAGAAACAGCUGAAGCCAGUGAUAGAAUUUAUUGCCAUAACUGUAGUGUUCUCUACACAGCAUAUAGGAAAACUGGGUAACUGAACACAGAGCGCACAGGAAGCUCAAGAGGUUAAGGUUGGAGUGCGCUGGCAACUGUGACGAGUUUCUCACACAGAGGUGGGACACACAGGGAGGAAGUGAGGGGGAGAGAGUCUAAGAUGGCCUGAUGUCAGAACAGGGCUUUCCUGAGCCAGUGCCCCGCAUGAGGAACAGGCCUGCCUUGGGGCUUCUCUACUUAGGCUACAACAUCUUUCAAGGCAGCCCCCAACUCUGGGAAGGAAUACUGGUAGCCAGUGGCCAGUGUCCGCCGUGGGACCACUUUCUGGCCUUCCAACAGCAUGGUGGCACGCUCUCGUCCAAAGACUGCUUGUACCACAGUGCUGGGGACAGGUAUGAAGGCUGGGCGGCCCAGGGCAGCACCCAAGGCCUGGGCAAACUCGGCAUUGGUCGUGGUAGAUGCUGGGGCCACUCCGUUCAGGACUCCUUGGACGUGGUUUGCUUCAAUGGCAUGAGUCAGAAUUCCUGCCAGGUCACCAAUGUGUAUCCAGGGGAAGAAUUGGUGACCUGAACCAAUGGGGCCUCCUAGGCCCAGGCGGAAGGGCAGAAGCAUGUGGCCGAUGGCACCACCCCCACGGCCCAGCACAACCCCUAGAGUAGGCAAGAGGGGGGGUUCAGGAAGGUUGCUUAGCCUUGGAAACCUGUACUACUCCCUUCUCGUCCCCUUCCUUGCCUCCUUCCCAUGUGGACUGGGAGUGAGUGGAUCUUGGGACUUUCCCUCAUAGGUUAGCUAGACAAAUGGACUCCUCUCACUGUAAGCUCAGCCCUCCUCGGCCCAGAAAGCUUCCACUUUGCCUGGAUCCCAGGCCCUUGGUCCUCACCUGAACGUACCACCACCUGGCGUGUAGACUCUCCAGGAAGCCUGGCUGCUGCUUCCCAUUUGGUUACCAGGUUGGAGAAAAAGUCAAAGUCCCCUCCUGGGCUGUCUUCGUCAUACUCCUCAGUCGGGCUUGGCUGGUAGUAAGCUGCCAAGGGAGGGCACUCAUUUGCUCAGCUGGCCCUGUCCUGCUGGACCCUUUGCAGCUAAAGGCUCCCUAGCCCUAUUCUUUGACCCUUGGGUCUCCACAGGAGAAGGAAGAUCCAUGACUGUUUCCCUUGAGCUUCGCCAUGUGUUCCUGCCUGGAAGUCUAGCCUUGGCUGCCAGGCUGUACCCAGAGGCUGCUAGCUUGUAGAGGUUAGGGACAGAAACCUGGGGGCCAGGCUGCUUGAGCCGCACCAUCCCUGAUAUCUGUGACUUUCUGGCAAGUUACUUCUCUGUAUGAACAGUUUGCAUAUGGGAGUAACUGUACCUACCUCAUAGGGUUGUUGCAAGGAUUAAAUAAUACAAUGUAUAAAGUA